AUGUCGCCAUGGGGUUCCCUCCGAAAAGGCGGUCAAGUUGGGCGUUACAGGGACACCCUGAGGGCUUCCCUGUGGCGCCUGCAAAUCAACCCAGCCAACUGUGAAGACCUCGCCCAGGACCGACUGGCCUGGAGGAGAGCAGUUAAGACAGGCACAGCAAUCUACGAAGCCAACCGCGUCACCGACGCCAAAGCCAAACGCGGACCUCGCAAAUUACAACUGCCCCCGCCUCGCAACGCCAACCCCAAGAUGCCAGCGGACGUUCCGGGCACCAAUCGGUCUUAUUGA